GACACUACUGUACAACCAAGUACUUCUUCAGAUCAAAUUGAAGAUCAAGCACAGUCUACUUGGAACACUAAAUGGUCAUCAUCAAUCAUAAAAUUCAAAUCUCCUCUUUUGGACAAUGAUUUUGGCUACGUUUUCUCGGUAUGUAACAGACUUUGGUUUAGAAAAUACCGUAAACCCAUCACUGCAGCACAGCUGAAGGUAAUUUCUGUUUGGUUUAUCAAAGAAAAUCGACAACUGAGUAGGUAUGCACAUUGCUUUCCCAAAAACUUUUGCAGUUGCGCAGGGUAUUGCUAUAGGACGGAAAUAAUUUCGAGUCUCCGUUUUUGCCCUUUUUAUGUACAGGUGUAAUCAGGGAAAUUUUUAGGAGGUCUGGAAAUUCACCUUCCGUAAAGGAUUGAUUAAUCAUCAACGUUAGCGGUAGGGUAAGCUCGUCGGCACAUUGUUUAAAAAGAAUAGGUGGCAUCUCAUCAAUUCCGGUACUAUAUUUAUUUUUUAGUUGUUUCAAAUUUUUUUGACUUCAGAUAAUUCGAUUUGUCGUAAGAACAUAGAAUUUUCUGAGGGAUGUAGUACGGGCCGGCCUGGUGGCUGCGUGGAGCAGGCAUCCACACUGAGGCAAAGUAUCUAAUGAAUGCCCUGACCACUGCUUUUGGAUCCGACGACAGAUUGUUAUGGAUGUGCAAUUUUAUAUUUUGAUGCAGGUUUCGUGUGUUUUUAUUUGUUCUCUCUUUUAUUAUUCGCCACAUAGCUUUUAACUUGGUUUAUAUAGUUAAUUUUUUUUGACUUAAUAAUCGCCCUCUUUAUAAAAAUUUCAUUAGAUUUUUAGAUUUUUUUUAGGAUAUCAAUUUUUGAACUGUUUACCAAAAUUUUUAACCGUAUUUUAUUUCUACACGAUAUUUUUAUCCCUUUUGUAAGCUAGCGUUUUUUGAAGUUUGAUUUAACUUUUAUAAAUUUUUUGGGUAUGCAUUCGUCAAGUAUGUUUUUUAAAACAUUGUUCAAUGAAUUAUAAGUUUAGGUAAUAUUUUUUCCAUAUUUUAUAAUGUCGAUCCAACAAAUACUGUGUAAUUCUGUUUUGAAUUUUUGUAUGUUAUUUUUUAUCAAAAAUACGUUUUUCUCGUCGCCAGAUUGAUGGUUUGUCAAUUAUAAGUAAGUGUGUUUGAAUAGUUACACUUUUAUGAUCUGAAAAUCCUAAAUCCCUUACUUGUGCAUAUAAGUUCAAGUCAGAAAAAUUUGUAAUUAUAAUAUCAACGCAAGUAGAUGUCGUGCUUGUUACCCGUGUCGGAUCUUUUAUUUGAGGUUUCAAGUUAUGUUCCGCCAUUAAGGAAAAGAGUUUUUUGGAAUUCGCGUCGUCUAAUAAGAUGUCAAUAUUAAAAUCUCCUCCAAGCAUAAUGCGUUUUUACUGUAUUUUUUAGUCAAUUAGUUUAAUAUUACUUCUAAUGGCAUAAGGAAAUCGUUUAUCUGUCUGUCGUUCCAAUAAAAUGAGAUUAGGAUAACAUUAUGGUCAGUUAGUUCUGCGGCACACAAUUCUUCAAGAUUGAUAUGUCCCUAAUAUAUUUUCUCUCAACGUAAACAAGAUUCCGCAACACUUUGCAGACCCCGCCCCGCGCCUUUGCUUGCCGGCAGUAUGCAGUUGAUAGAAUAUUUAUUUUAAUUUAAAAAGUCUGAUAAACAGCAUGCGUGAAAGGUGUCUUGAUAUUGAUCAAGGAAAGCUUCAAAUAUAUCUCGUUUGUUCCAUAGGCUUUGAUGUUCUGAUGCAUCACAUUUAGUUCAAAAGUGGUCACGAAAUGUGCGGUGUGAGUUAGUUGCUGGAAUGUGCGCGUUUAUAGUGACGCUGUUGUUGUGGUACGAACUGGAGGGCAGGUGAGUGGUGCUGGACCUUCUAUUUACCCUGUUUUAUAUUUAUUUUAUAGUUUUUUUUCUAUAAGUCUUCAAGUUCCUUUUUUAGUCUUUCGUUUCUUCACUUAUUGCUGAGAUUUGUUUUUCUGUUAAUUUUGUUGGUGUUGUAAAGUGUUUGAUUUUUCAUUGAAUUCCUGUUUUAGUCGUUCAACAGCGGAUUUCGCCUCGUCUACCAUUUAUGCAAGUGCGUCGUCCGUCUGCGCCAUGAUUUCUCUAAUGGAAUCAUAGGACAAGUGAUAAACGUACCAGUCGACGUUCAAGAAGCGAGGGAUGGCGGCGGUCGUAUAAAUGAUGUCAAUCUACACUAAUAUUAUAAAGAGGAAAACUUUGUUUGUUUGGUUGUAAUGAAUAGGCUUAAAAACUACUGGACCGAUGUUAAAAAUUCUUUCACCAUUCGAAAGCUACAUUAUCCACGAGUAACAUAGACUAUAUUUUAUUUUGGAAAAAAUAGGGUUCCGUAAUAUAUUUGGAUUUUUCGGACACAAACUGAAAAAAAUCAACCAAAAAGUUACUUAUUUUGCGUACGCUGCCUAAACUACAAAAGAUAGAACCAUAAAAUGUUUUAAUUAAUUGUAGAUCUUAUAAAUAUCUACAAAAAAGUCCGCGACGCACUAUACCUAUCUAUGUAGAGUGAGGCACAACCACAUUUUUAUUUAAAAAUCUUGAAUUCGCAGCGCAGACGCGAGGCCGGCUCCCUACGCAGCGGUCGUGCGCGAAGUCUAAUAAUUUUCUUGAGAUUAUUUUUAGAUUUUGUUCUUAAAACUACACCUAAGCAAAAGUUCUUCUUAGAUCUAAACAACAGUCCUUCUCAGAGCUAUACAAUAGUUCUUUUCAGGGCUAACACACAGUUAUUUUCAGGGCUAACCAACAGUUCUUUUCAGGGCUUAACAACAGUUCUUUCCAGGGCUAGAAUAUUACACGCUAUUAACAUUUUCUUAAACAUUUGAAAAUGCCUAAGAGAACCAGGUCUCAACUUUCUAGAAAUAGUUCUCAAGCACGAGCAGCAAAAAUACGUCGUAUAAGAGAAUCUCCACCUGAACGUUCACAACGCCUUGCUGAACAAAAUCAGAGAAACUCUCAGGUACGUUUACGAGGGCAUGUAUCCCAAAACAACAGGUUGCACUGCGGGACUGCAAGCAGAAUUGACACUUUUGCCGGGAGCAAGACUUAGCCGCUUUGCGGGCGGUCCUUUAGUUAGAGAUAUAUUUAGUAUCGGCUGUGCCUCCGUGCAAAGCCGGGGCGGGUCGCUAGUUUAUGAUAAAAAGCUGAAUUUAUGCAUUCCAUAAAUUGGCAAGAUCGCAUGAUGCGACAUUCCUGAUUACGACAUCCGCCGAUUUGACCUUUCGAUCACAAAGAUUUCUGGCGUUCAGUAGUAUUAAAACCUAAGUAAAAGCUAGGUAAAUAUAUUUAUGCUUUGAACCGUCGCAGGGUACUUUUGUUAGAUAUUCUCUGGGAUUUUACCUUUACAACCCAGUAAUUUAGACUAGUGUGUUGAUGUAACAAAACCUGAAAUAAAUAAGUAUUGAUUAUUUGAUAGACAAAAUACUAGUUAGUUAUCUAAUUAUUUUUUGUAGUCACAGGUAGGUCUGAACUAUUUAUUUAAGUAGGUAUCUUUGGAACUGAAUAAACCAUACAUAUUAUGUACUAUUUAAAACUAUUAUAAAAAAGUUAUUGAACUUGACAAUCUCAUGCCUGUAUGCGUUAAAUGAUCAGAUUUUAUCCGACGAUUUGAUAACGACGUCGAUUGAAAAAUGUUCAAGAGUUAAUGAAAGAUGCCGCUGUGGACCGGGAACUAGCCGCCGAGUGAGAAUCGAUACAUAGAGGCCGAGCCGAGACAUUCAUACAAAAUGGUCGGCCGCGGCCGCCCGAUGCCUGAGCGUCUGCGCCCUUGCUUGUCCGCGCGUCUCGCACUCUUCUCUUACGCGCCGCGCCGCCAGUGCGACAGAGAAGGCGUUUGCGCGCUCGCUUCCCACUGCGCGUGUCUGUUUGCCGUUAUGCGCGUUGCCGUGUUUGCUCCGCGUUCCUCGCUUGAAUCUGACGUGGCGGAUGAUCGUAAGAUGAUCCGGCUGGUGCGCGAAAGAAGACUGUUAUACGCUCGGAACAACAUGCCCGUCGCGAGCUAUCACUCUCAAGUUAAGCGCCUGUGGCAAGAAGUCGCGAAUAAGAUGGGUUGGACUGUGGCGGAAGUCCGCCGCAAGUGGUCGCACAUCCGCAACUCGUACUCGCGGCACCUUCGCAACGAGAUGCACGGUGCCAUGACGUCCAAGGGGAGAACCGUCUCGCGCUGGUACCUGGCGGACGAGCUGGCGUUCCUGCGGGAGCACAUGGCCACGGACACACGUCCACCUCCCUUCUCUACCUCGUUCGCACCGACUUUCCUCAAAAUGGACAUGGGCGAGCCUCAGACGCCGGAGCUGGCAGGCGGGUCUCUGCUCCAAAGCCCUUGGCUCCCCUACAGCCAAGCGCGGCCGGAAAUUCCCCACGACGACAGCAGUAACUCGGCGUUCGACCCGGAAGAGACGUCAUCGUAUUUCCAAUUCUUCAGGGGUCUACAUCCCGAUUAUCAGGAGUUGUCUGCGCGCAACCAGAGACACUUUAAGCGGCAGUGUUUGUCGUUUCUACACGAGUUGUUGGACAAAGAAGAUGUGAGUCGUGACGUGGUGUCGGAGGGCGACCCUAUGAACCUGUCGAACUCGCACGCCAGCGACGAGGAGGACGUCAAGCCGUGUGUGGUCAACGGGGUGUACAGUGUGCGGGACGAGGCCGAGGGAGCAGCCGAGCCUGAUUAGCACAGGUAUAGGCAUAGACAGCUUAACAAAAUGUUGUCCCUAUGUAUGAAACGUUAUUAAAGAUUGUGAAGUUUAUCGCGAGCGAGUUAUACCUGAUCUGACUGUGCUUAACUGUGAUGGGAUGUUAUCAAAAAUUAUGAAAAAGUGUAUGGCCAUGUUUGUGUAAAAAAAAAAAACAUUUUAUCGAUGAGUCGUUUCAGUAAUUAUAGAAGUGCUUACAGACACUACAUGCCAAUGCUAGUAUUAAUAGUACUGUUAUAUCCAUGAACGGCAAAAUUUAAAAAUAAAUAGUUGAUAAAGAUAAAUAAAUAAAUAAUGAUGAUUUAA